UCUCCUGUCACAACUGCCAGAAGAUGAAUCUCCCCGACAAUGUCAACGUUGACUCGAAUGAGACGUCUCAGAAAGCUGUCGUCUCUUUCUCUUGCAAUGAUGGCUACACACUGAGUGGGCCCAGCAGUAUGCUGUGCACCAGUUCUGGAGUCUGGAAUAACACUCAUGUCCAAGUUGUGUUGCUGAUGCCAACAGCAAAGGUUCAUUGAAUGUGGGAGCAGUUGCUGGUGGGGCAGCUGGAGCACUGGUGGUG